GAAUUGUCAUCGACUAUUUUUCUCUUUCAAAUGGACUCACGGAUGUGAUUCGGUUUCCAGCGACUCCCUCCUCCUCCUCCUCCUGCUCCUCCUCUUCUUUAGCUGGGCGGGAUGUUCCUGUCCUCGUCCAGAAGCUCUGCGUUCUCGCCCUGGUCGUCCAUGGAGCAGUCCGACUCUGAAGCGUUGGAUAUCAGCGCCAAGGUGCAGCUGCACGGCGUCCUGUGGAAGAGACCCUUCGGACGACCCUCGGCCAAGUGGUCCCGCAGAUUCUUCGUGAUCAAAGACAGCUUUUUGCUCUACUAUGCCGAGAGCGAGAAGAGAAGCUUUGAGAGCAGCAGGAUCUUCAACAUCCACCCCAAGGGUGUGAUCCCCCUGGGAGGAUGCGUGGUGUCGGCCACGGAGGACAUGGGCAUGCCCUUUGGCCUCGUCAUCACCCUGGAAGACUUCUCGGGCACCGUCGUGGUAGCGGCUGAGUGUGAGGAAGAGCAGCUGCACUGGAUGGAGAUGCUCCAGGAGUCGGGCAAAGUCACGUGGAAGAACGCUCAGCUCGGGGAGGCCAUGAUUGAAAGUCUGGAGGCUCAGGGGCUUCAGCUGGCCAAGGAGAAGCAGGAGUACCUAGAUAAGCUGAUGGAGGAGACGGAGGAGCUCACCCACCAGCGAGCACAGAGAGAAGAGCUGGAGCGUCUCAAUCAGGUUCUGGAGGAAGAGAAGAUGAAGUAUGAGGAAGUAGUGAUGGAGCUCAAGGCAGAGCAGGAGCAAAUUAAACUCGACCUGGACGGCACAACUCAGUCUCUUCAAGGUGUGGAGAGUGAGAAGGAGGAGCUGAGCGGCCUGACGGUCAUGCUGCAGAAGUCCAUCGAGCAACUCUCCCAGGAGAAGCAGAGAACUCUGGAGCUAUUGGAGGCCGAGGAGGUGGAGGAGGAGGAGGAGAAGGCGAAUGAUGAUGAUGAGGAGGAGGUGGUGGAGAACAGAAAGGAGCUGGGGAACAUGGACCUCCUGCGGGAUCUGCACCACAUCGAGGAGCAGAUGAAGCUGCUGCUGAAGGAGAAGGAGCAAGCAGACGAGAAACUGCGUGAGAAUCAGCAGCGGGCAGAAGUCCUGCAGCAGGAGCGAGAGUUUUACUCGUCGCAGGCCACGACGCUGCAGCAGUCGCUCUCUCAGCUUACCGCAGACAAGCGGCAAACCGAGGCCGAGCUGCAGGCGGAGAUGGAGUCUCGCAUGGAGCUGGAGAAGAGGCUGAAGCAGGCCGAGGAGGCCCUCCAAGACCUGGAGAAAGGCCUGGACUCGUUGGAUCGCAGCAGCGAGCGUGACCAGAGAAUGAGGGGCGACGUCACUCAGCUCAGGCGCUUCUUCGAGGAGUGCAUCUGCGCAGCCGAGAUCGAAGCCAAGCUUCCGGCGAUCAUGAAGAACGCCGUCUACCUCCAUAAGGCGGCGGCGCGCAGGAUCAAGAGCUGCCGCGUCCAGAGGAGAGCCUCGAGACGACACUGGUUGAAACACUCCAAGUCAUUUGCCACGGCGAGCCUCGACGGCGGCGUGGGCAGCAGUAUGGAGGAGCUGAGGGAGACGGCGCGCCGCCUCACCUGCGACAGCAACUUCCGGCAGAGCGUCUACAAGAUCAUAGCGCGCAAGGACGUCGCCACCAGCUUUGACCAAGACUGACGCCGGACGGACUACUUGUCCGCGCGGAGGUAGACGUUAACCGCGUUUGUUAAGCAGCAAGGGAAAUCACGCCUGUGAGAUCAGAAUGGAAACACCAAACAUGGCCCAGGUUAGUAUUAGGGUGCCAUUAUAGUUGAUUAUUGUAGUAGAUACUCUCUUCUAAUAAAACUUGGGGGUGCCAGGGCCCUUAGACGGUUAUAAAAACUUUGGCCCCCCGACACUAGUUUCACCUAUCGACACAAAUUUGGGCGGACAUGUCUCAUCAUGACAGCAUGCACGAAAAAGUCUCAAGGAAAGCAUGCCUGAAAUUGAACAGGAAGUCGGCCAUUUUGCUUUGAAUCAGGCUUUUGGCGGGAAAUUCCCAGGCUCGUACUUUUUUUUUUUGCUCCAAAUUAGCCCAAAUUGGAAACAGUUGUCCUACAAUGGGUAAUACUAAAUUGCCUAAAAGCUUUUUUUUUUUUUUUUUUU